AUGCAGGGCUUCUAUUCUAAGCUGGACUCGUCUCCGGGAGCUUCCCCUCUCCUGGGAGCUCGGGCGGAGGGGCUCCCGGUGAGUCUGGCUCUGGAGACGGAGAAGGCUCAGGCUCUGCUGCAGACCUUCAGCUCCGCGUCCCUGCUGGCCUCGGCCGGACUCGGGGUCUUCUGCGUGGCGGCCGAUCACGCGCUGCAACUGUGGACUGUCCAGCACCACCUGUGGCUGCGGGCCGCCCUGGACAACGCCACACACGGCAUUGUGGGUCUGUGGGCGUGGGCCGUGGUGAUCGGGCUGCGGAAGAGAAGCGACGUGUACGAGGUGCUGCUGGCCGGGCUGCUGGCGUCACUCAUAGACCUGGAUCAUUUCUACAUGGCUGGGUCUCUCUCACUCAAGGCCGCCGUGUCCCUGCCCCAGCGGCCGCCUCUCCACUGCUCCUCGCUCAUCCCGCUGCUCUGCCUGACGUUACGCUUAAUCAUGUGGAUCGGACGCCUGAAGGACGCCUGGUGCUCCCUGCCCUGGAUGCUCUUCGUCUCUAUGGCGACGCACCACGUUCGAGACGCCGUGCGCCAUGGCCUGUGGGUGUAUCCCUUCGGAAACACGGCCCCCGUCCCCUACUGGCUGUACGUGAGCACUACGGCCACGCUACCUCACCUCUGCUCCGUGCUCAUGUACCUGACGGGAACCAGGGACGUGAUCUCCACCAAACACGGAGUGGCCAUCGACGUGUGA